GCACCCGGGCCGGGCCAUUCCUCCCGGGUGGGCAGCAGGUGUGUUCUGCCUCGGCAUUUCUAGAAAGAGACGAAGAAGUUCUCCUGUCUGUAUUCGGCCAUGAAAACCAGAAAAUCUGUUGUCGAAACAGUUGUGCGAUUUAAUAACUUCUUUACAAACUUGCCCGCAAAAAUCACUUUUUAUAUUACGUAAACCACCUGUGCGUGUAAGACGGAGCAGCGGUUUUCUUGUGCCCUGCGGUACCCAGCAGGAAAUGUCAGUGCGGGGAGGUGGAAGUGCCGCUCGUGGAGCUGCGGGGCUGAUGCCCCGAGCGAUUCUAGCUGGGACCACGAACCGCGCCAGGAGGGUUUACCUUCAGACCCUUCACUCUCAGCCGGGGGAACGGGCACAGGGGGACAUUUGAGAGCUCAAGAGUCGAGCCUGCUGCCUUGUACAUUUUUUUAAAGCCCUCCAUCAUGUGUGCACUUUGCUUGAAUGAUUAUUUUAAAGCACAUGUCCUAUUUUUGCCAAUUGACAGCUGUUUCCAUAGAAACUAGACAAGAAAUAGUCAUUUUCAGCAAGAGUUGUUAAAACUGUCUUCUAGGCUUCAGCCGCGAGUCCCACUGAGUGCCGUACUUGCUCAUUCUGAGGAAGCACUUCAAGAAUUAAGGGUCUGAAAUGUUCACAGAGGCCGACAAUCCAGAUUGUUUCAUUUUCUCACAUCGUUAAUUUAGUAAUCCUCGAAGUCUGCCAGCGAUGUUUGUUGACCUACGAUAGUUCUGUGAAGAGGAGGUGUCAGCCCUAAUUCUUUCUUAGGUGCUGUGUAGUCUAGUGAUUGGCUCUUUGAAAAUAUAGGGAUAGACUUCUUCCCCCGUUUUUUACCCUGUCUGGAGGAUAAACCAGGCCUUACAAAAUAUCAGUAAUCCUGCCACCCAGAAUAUUGUCUGACAUGUAAUAGGCACUAAUUAAUUAUUGAAAUGACAGUAUAGUAUUUAGCAGAGUGGAGUGAGUGAAUCAAUGAAGAAUAUAAUUCAGAGGUCAGAAACUGAAUGAGAUAAUCAAGCAAAAGAAAGAUGAGCUUCAUUUAUGGACUGCAGUCUACUAGAAACUCUUUUCUCUUCCGGUUUAAUCUACUGGGCAGCUGGAGAAAGCGGAACUCACUGGCAGUAACUUCAGCAGGCUGCCAUCAGUUUCAAAAUUUCUAUGUAGUAAAUAAAUACCAGGGGCUUACAUCAUUCACUCAGUGUGACAGGUUGACAUUUCUGCAUGGAAACUUCCAUUUUAACAGGACUUUGAAUAACAGAAGACCAGGAUGCCUCUCAAGUGCCAAAAGUAGGGGCAUUUGGGUGAUUACCCACAAAUGUACCUCCUUUUCAAGAUGGGUACUGACCAGAGAAAGUGCAGUUGCUCCUGCCCUUGCAGCUUGGUGUCCUGAGACCUAUUCUCCCGCAAGAUCUGCCAGGAAUUUCCAUACUUCUCCACGGGUUCAAGCUGCUCCCGUUCCUCUCCUGUUGGUCCUUCUAAAGCCACUGCAGAAACUACUUGCAAUCAUCGUGGGCAGGGGCAUAAGGAAAUGGUGGCAAGCCCUUCCUCCUAACAAAAAGGAACUAUUUAGAGAGAGUGUGAGGAGGAAUAAAUGGAAGCUGUUUCUUGGUUUGAGUACCUGUGGACUGUUAUUUGUAGUGUUUUAUUUUACUCACCUGGAAGUGAGCCCAAUCACAGGAAGGAAAAAGCUACUAUUGCUGGGGAAGGAGCAUUUCAGAGUUCUCUCAGAACUGGAAUAUAAAGCAUGGAUGGAAGAAUUUAAGAAUGACAUGCUAACUGAGAAAGACCCUCGAUACCUGACUGUUAAAGAAGUGGUCUGUCAUCUCGUUGAAUGCAAUAAGGAUAUCCCAGAAAUCUCUGAGAUCAAUUGGGUUAUUCAUGUGGUUGAUUCCCCGACUAUUAUAAAUGCCUUUGUGCUUCCUAAUGGACAAGUGUUUGUUUUCACGGGGCUUUUAAAUAGUGUAACUGAUAUUCAUCAGCUUUCCUUCCUUCUGGGCCAUGAAAUAGCACAUGCUAUACUUGGGCAUGCUGCAGAAAAGGCUAGCGUGGCUCAUUUAUUGGAUUUCCUAGGUAUGAUUUUUCUCACAAUGAUUUGGGCCGUUUGUCCACGAGAUAGUUUGGCAGUUUUGGGCCAGUGGGUACAGUCUAAAUUGCAAGAGUAUAUGUUUGAUAGACCAUACAGUAGAACAUUGGAAACUGAAGCAGAUAAAAUUGGACUACAGCUUGCUGCGAAGGCUUGUGUGGAUGUAAGAGCCAGUUCAGUGUUUUGGCAGCAGAUGGAGUUUACAGACAUCCUACAUGGUCAUCCCAAGUUGCCAGAGUGGUUAUCUACACACCCUUCUCAUGGAAACCGAGCUGAGCACUUGGAUAGACUUAUACCAGAGGCUGUGAAAAUCAGAGAGGUCUGUAAUUGCCCACCACUUUCUGGACCAGAUCCUCGAUUACUAUUCAAACUUAGCAUGAAGAAUUUUUGUCAAGAAUUGGAAAAAGACCAAAAUACCACUUUUAAGAAACAGAAAAUGGAUCCUCUUCCCACUCAAAAACAGGAGCAAAUACCAUUAACAUACAUAGUAGAGAAGCAAACUGGGAGUUGA